AAGCUCAUGUUGAUAUAAGCAAUUAAUCAACAUUUUUGUGGUCAACUCUGUCAAUUUUAGGAUAAAAAAAAUAAAAUAUUUAUUUUUUCUGUGUGUCAGAUUACACAAAAAAACAUACGACGAGAAAGAGAUAAUUAAAAGCAGACAUGGAAAUUAAUAAUGCAACAAGCAAGAUUAUUGCCAUGGCGCAACAACAAUGGCAAACCGGCAACAACGUUCGUCUUCUCGGAUGGAAUUUGCCGGUUGAGGAACAGGAGCUCGUCCAUGCUCAUUGGCGUCAAUUCGAAGCUCCGCCAUAUUACGCUCACCUGUUACUCGCUUUACUUUAUUUCAUCUUGAUGGUUUGCUCCACGACCGGAAACGGUUUAGUUUUGUGGAUUUUCAGCAGUUCCAAGCCGCUUCGUUCCUCGGGAUCGAACUUGCUCAUCUUAAACUUGGCUGUUUUUGAUCUCUUGAUGAUGCUCGAGAUGCCAUUGUUCUUGGUGAAUUCCUUCCGCGAAAAACUAUGGGGCGGCAUGAUCGGAUGCGAUUACUAUGCAGCCUUGGGAAGUUUAUCGGGCAUCGGAGGAGCUGUAACAAAUGCCGCGAUCGCUUAUGAUCGUUAUCGAACAAUUUCGCGACCCCUGGAUGGAAAAAUGUCGAAAGCGCAAGCUGGACUUUUGUGUCUCUUUACCUGGUUCUGGGCCAUGCCGUUUACGUUGAUGCCUCUUCUUCGUAUCUGGGGUCGGUACAUUCCCGAAGGUUUUCUCACAACGUGCUCCUUUGACUAUUUGACGGAAAGUCGCGAUACGCAAGUUUUUGUUGGAGCAAUCUUCACGUGGGCUUAUGCCAUUCCGAUUUUCUGCAUUGUCUUGUUCUACUACAAGCUUUUUGGGCAUGUUCAGGCUCACGAGAAACUCAUGAGGGAUCAGGCUCGAAAGAUGAAUGUCACGUCAUUGGCAGCGAACAAGGACAUGAGUGCCACGAGUGUUGAAAUUCGCAUCGCAAAGGCUUCUUUUACGAUUUUCUUCCUCUUUUUGAUGGCAUGGACUCCGUAUGGCGCUGUCGCUAUGAUUGGCGCCUUUGGCAAUAAACAACUUUUGACUCCACUCGCAACAAUGAUUCCUGCUUUGUUCUGCAAAACGGUCUCUUGUCUCGAUCCAUGGAUUUACGCUGCAAGUCACCCCAAAUACCGCAAAGAAUUGGAAAAACGCAUGCCUUGGCUCGGAAUCCGUGAGAACGACUCAGAUGUUGGCUCAGAAGCACGUUCCCAAGUCAGCAACAUGACCGAAAGUUGCGAAAAAGCAAAUCAACCAAUAUAAAAAAAAAUUGCUUAAACCCAAUAUUUUAUCUUAUGUGUUCAAUCAUCAUAAAAGAAAUAAAAAUAUUUAUUUUAGUCUUGUUCUCGAG